GCGUAGUUGACAGUUGCCCCUGAGCCCUUGAGCCCCUGACUUGAUCCCGUCCAUCCAGUCAACAAACCGCACGCACCACCACCACAUACACCAAGAUGACUCGCAUCCUCUUCACUCUCCUCGCCGCGGCCGCCGCCAUUCAGCAGGCAAUUGCCAUACCCCUCGCCCAGGGCGAUGGCGGCGAGGUUGCUCCUCCCACGGCCACCCGCACCCGCGGACCUCGCCCAACCGGCACUUGGGGGCCUCCUACCGGCACCGGCGGGGGCGCUCCCCGUCCCACCGGCUCGCGCCGCCCACACCCGACGGGCGGCAAGGGCGAGGGAACUCGUGCCCCCAGACCCACGGGAGGUGCUGGCGGUGGUGGCACCCGUCCCCCUCGGCCGACCCAGACGAGGGAGCCCCCAAUGGCUCCGAGACAAGCUGAGGAGCCGGAGGAGCCUACCCGUGCUCCUCGACCAACUGGAGGCCCGGGCGGCGGUGGCACCCGUGCUCCGAGGCCCACGGGCGGCCCCGGUGGUGGUGGUACCCGUGCUCCUCGACCCACCGGAGGCCCUGGUGGUGGUGGUACACGUGCUCCGCGACCUACAGGGGGUGCCGGCGGCGGUACCCGUGCUCCCCGACCUACCGGAGGCCCUAGCGGUGGUGGCACCCGUGCUCCGAGGCCGACUCCCACGUUCACCCGGGGCCCUGAGCCGACUGAUGACUAAAUGAGUCGACCAAACCGGCUUCCGGUCCACUUCCAUACGCCCGACCGACAGCAAUGUCUCUGAGUUAUGAACUUGACCUCGACUCGGACCAGGCCGGCGGACAGAUGGGGAUUUGGCAAGAAACUUAAAGAAUAAAAGGAAUGGAAGCUGGAUUUGUUGGCUGGAAAAUCAGUGAUUCGUUUCGCGCCUCGUACAUUGAACUGGAUUCGUUUCACUUUCACCGGGCCCUGCCCUGACUGGACGAUAUUUGUUGUUGACUUGUUGGCUGAUCUUUUGGUGCGCACUUCUGUUCAUGGUAGUCCCAAUAGGGAAAAGAAAAAGAGAAAAAUAUAACACAGGCCUGUCUUCUUUUAUGUCCCUAGCUCAGAGCUGGACUGGAGAAAGGGGGCUGUUGGUGGUGAGAGACUUCUAUUCGUGUCACUGUUGUUUGUCCGGUGCGCAGGCGAGCCGAGUCCGAA